AUUCUUAUAUUCUAUUCACUUUCCUCUCCGUCACCCGAUACAUCAACAUCCACAUCCACAUCAACAUCAACAUCUAUACCCAUCUAUCACAAAAUGGCAGACCCAACAAAGACCGCAGAAGACACAACUAAAAACCCAACAGGAGCCGCCGGUGCUCUCACAGGCAAAGACUCCGCCGUAGGAGGUCUCACAGGCGGAAGAAAACCCGGCCCUGCCAAUAAUCGAAGUGAUGAUGAUGAUGAUGAUGAAAAUAGUCCCGUCGACGGAAACGGAAAGGGAAAAAAAGACGAAGAAAAUUCUUCCCUAAAAAUUCGAAUCCAAUUGGAUUUGGAUGUGGAAAUUCAUUUGACGGCGAGAGUUAAGGGGGAUAUUACGAUUGGGUUGUUGUAA